AGACAACAUGUUAUCUGCUACAAAGAGGAUGAUAGUCUAAGGCGACUUUCGAGAAAUGCGAGUCUGUUGUCUGUCAGUCACAUUCUUCCAAGUUGACAAACUUCAGACCUGAGACCCGGUCCGAGCUCGGAGUAUGUGCUAGCUGUGGUCAACUACUCUGAUGUAGAGGAUACGAUUGGCAAGUACGACUCCAACAAGAUCAGACUAAGCACCGGACGUGCUGUACAUGUAGUUACCGGCUUAUCGAUAAGAAGUACAGUACUCCGUAGUUACAAUGCAUCGAAAGUUCAAUGGCCGAGUAAAUAGGUCAACAAAGGGCGAGGAUCAGCCGAUGAGGAACACGUGACCGCGUGCCUGGCUUCCCCGAACUUUUUUUCGGGGCCGCAGAAAAGAAAUCAGGUCGCGGUUCCCGGCUGUCCCAAAAGAGCACCAGCGCUCAUUCAACGUUCUCGGUGUCGUCGGUCACAGUCGUCGGUCACAGUCAUGAGGUGUCCUACUCUUUCACGGUUGCCAUACCGUGCCGUCUCUGGCUUGACCAGGACUCCUGUUCGCCUUCAGGCUCAGACCCUUCUUUCGCGGAGAUGCGCAUCCACCGCUGUCCUCCGUUCAGCCACUGUUGCUCCGGCUUAUCAGUCCGUCCUCAGCAAACAGAACCAGCAACGGAGGACUGCUUCCGCCACUGCCAAUGCUGUCCUCGAGGCCGCCGCCGCCACUCCCGAUGCUUUGUCCCAGGAAGCUAUCAUCGAGAACCUGGACCCCGUUGAAGCCGCACGCCUGUCUACGGUCCGCAACAUUGGUAUUGCUGCACACAUCGACAGUGGUAAGACGACAUGUACCGAGCGAGUCCUUUUCUACACUGGCCGUAUCAAGGCCAUCCACGAGGUCCGUGGCCGUGACAGUGUAGGAGCGAAGAUGGACUCCAUGGACUUGGAGCGUGAGAAGGGUAUCACCAUUCAGUCUGCUGCUACGUACUGUGACUGGAUGAAGAAGGACAAGCAAGGUCAGGAGCAGAAGUACCACCUCAACUUGAUCGAUACCCCGGGUCACAUCGAUUUCACCAUUGAAGUCGAGAGAGCGCUGCGUGUUCUUGACGGUGCGGUCAUGAUUCUGUGCGCUGUCUCCGGUGUUCAGUCCCAGACCAUCACUGUCGAUCGUCAAAUGAGACGUUACAACGUCCCCAGAAUCUCGUUCGUCAACAAGAUGGAUCGGAUGGGUGCCAACCCCUUCAAGGCCGUUGAUCAGAUCAACACCAAGCUCAAGAUUCCUGCUGCCGCUGUCCAGGUGCCGAUUGGUGCCGAGGACGAAUUCGAGGGUGUGGUCGACCUCCUUCAGAUGAAGGCUAUUUACAACCACGGCCCCAACGGUGAAGACCUUGUGGUCAAGGAUGAGAUCCCAGAGAAGGUCAAGGAUGUCGUGGAGGAGCGGAAGCGCAUGCUUGUUGAGACUCUCGCUGACGUGGACGACGAGAUCGCGGAACUCUUCCUCAGCGAGAUCGAGCCCACCGAGGAUCAACUAAGACAGGCUAUCCGCCGCGCCACCAUUGGUCUCAAGUUCACCCCUGUCUUCAUGGGCUCGGCUCUUGCCAACAAGUCUGUGCAGCCCAUGCUUGAUGGUGUCAUCGAUUACCUUCCCAACCCUUCCGAGGUUCAAAACCUCGCUCUCGAUAAGAAGCGUGACGAGGCUUCGGUGAAGCUUGUUCCUUACAACUCACUGCCGUUCGUCGGUCUCGCUUUCAAGCUGGAAGAGAGCAACUUCGGACAGUUGACCUACAUUCGUGUUUAUCAAGGUACCCUGCGUAAGAGUGCUAACGUCUUCAACGCACGCACGGACAAGAAGGUCAAGAUUCCUCGCAUUGUGCGCAUGCACUCCAAUGAGAUGGAGGAUGUUGCCGAGGUCGGCGCGGGUGAAAUUUGCGCUGUGUUCGGUGUCGACUGUGCUUCUGGUGAUACUUUCACUGAUGGCCAGCUGGCUUACACCAUGUCGUCUAUGUUCGUCCCUGAGCCCGUCAUCUCUCUUUCCAUCAAGCCCAAGCACGCCAAGGAUGGCGCCAACUUCUCCAAGGCCAUGGCUCGUUUCCAGAGAGAGGAUCCUACCUUCCGUGUGCACUUCGAUAGCGAGAGUGAACAGACCAUCAUCUCCGGUAUGGGUGAAUUGCACUUGGACAUCUACGUUGAGCGCAUGCGCCGUGAGUACCGGGUAGACUGCGAGACCGGCCCUCCUCAAGUCGCGUACCGUGAAACCAUCGGCCACCGCGUUGAAUUCGAUCAUCUGCUCAGGAAGCAGACCGGUGGUCCUGGUGACUUCGCCCGCGUUGUGGGAUGGAUGGAGCCUACUGGCAGUCUGACGGAGAAUGUUUUCGAGGAACAGAUUGUUGGUGGCAGUAUCUCCGAGAAGUUCGUGUUCGCCUGUGAAAAGGGAUUCCACUUGGCUUGUGACAAGGGCCCUCUCAUUGGACACAAGGUCUUGGGUACCAAGAUGGUCAUCAACGAUGGUGCUACUCACAUGACUGAUUCCUCUGAAAUGUCAUUCAAGAACGCCACCCAGCAGGCGUUCCGCAAGGCCUUCAAGGAGGCCAACCCCUCUAUCCUCGAGCCUAUGAUGAAGACCGUUGUCACUGCUCCUGCUGAGUUCCAGGGUGAUGUUAUUUCCCUCCUGAACAAGCGUGGCGCUACCAUUAACGACUCCGAAGUUGGUGUCGAUGAGUUCACCGUUCAAGCCGACUGCAGCUUGAACGGUAUGUUCGGCUUCAGUAGCAACCUCCGUGCCGCCACUCAGGGUAAGGGUGAGUACACCAUGGAGUUCAGUCACUACGAGAAGGCUCCUGGUCACCUUCAGAAAGAGCUCAUUGCCAAUUAUUUGAAGGCUCAGGCCGACCGCCACAAGAAAUAAGCGUCGAAAAUCGCUUUUCGACCGCAUUAACUCGACUGCAGGGGUGCCCUCUCAUGCAUUGCGCGAGUUCCAGGCCAUAUUGGCUCGAUCCCACCCCUCAUCUAAUCACCUACGAGGGCUUCGGAGACCAAAGAACUACACUCCGGCCCCUCUUUUUCCUGUAUAACUGACUCCUUCCAAAACCGGUCCGGCGUGUUUUUGAAUAUGAAAAUGAUGUGUUUCUUUUUUUCUCAUCCCUGUCCAAAUACCUCGGGCUCAUGUAUUAUUUACCAAGCAAAAUAGAUAACCCUUCUGCGCAUUUAGACCAGAGGCCCCCUCCCAAGGCUGUUGUGUGGGCAUGCAACGCGCCAAGCUCAGAGGCAUGGAUACAUUUAACACAGAUUGUACAUAAGUUUUUGAUAGUUGGGUUAUGAUAUAUCUCCUCUCCUGAACGAAUGAAG